UUUGGUCUCAGCGCUCAGCCUAAUCGUACCAGCAUCUAUCGUGCCGAACAGCCCUCAAUAACAUCAUAAAUACACGCGCAGCCUGAUCACCUGAACCCUGAACCUUCUUCUCCCCAGCCGAACUCCAUCCACGGUCCAACUCGUCUUGUCCUACCACUCGCUAUGUACCCCACUCAAUCUCCGAGGCACCGUAUUGUUCGCCGUUUGUUUCGUCGCAUCAUCACGCCUACUAGCAUUGCAAGCCAAUAUAUCAGACUCGAAGUCAUCAGCGCAAAAAACCUUCAAGUUCCUUCAUCCCGCUUUCCCGCUGGCAUUUACAUAUCCAUCAAUGUCGACUCGAAGAGACGAUGGAAAUCAGCCAGCAGUCUCUUAUCAUCAGACGAUUCUGUAGUGUGGGGAGAUACCGUGACCCUGUAAAGUUCAUGAAAAUGUUCGGAUGCGAUUUGAGAACUCAUCAUCUGCUUGUAGUUCUUUAGAUGUGUCACCGAAAUUGUCAGUGGAGAUUAGGGCGACCUUUGAGCUCGACCACAUGCUGGGCAAUGGCGAAAUCAUUGGAAAACUUCAAACAUCAUGGCGUGACCUACUCAAUCAUGAAGACGAGCUAUUCGAACUGUCCUUCCCACCUGUUCGUGGUGUCCGCCCUUCCCUCGCACUGAAAUCCACUCUUGUAGAUUAUUGCGGCAAUCAGGAUGGUGCACUUUUUGAUUGUAUUAUCGACUGCAAAAUUGCUCGAGACACAGAUGCAGGCCACGCACGACUCGCCAAAUACAUGUUACGCAGAUGGAGGAGGGUAUCUCACCUGAACGAUGCUGUGCGGCAUUUUCAGUUGGUUCUGGACCGCUGUCCGGUAGACCAUCCUAAUUAUGCAGCGACUCUCACCAACCUCGCAUGGGCCUGCCUUCGAGGUUAUAUUCGAAAUGAUUUUCAAGACAUUGAUACCACCACUUUCCUCUUCCGCAAAGCCCUUGCAUUACGUCCGCAAGGUCACCCAGAUCACACAUUAUCUCUCUAUCAUCUCAUUUAUGCAUUGAACUGGCACUACGCCAGGGAGUCCACUAUCACCUACAUUCACGAAUCUGUUCAACUGUGCUGCAAGCUGCUGCCCCUCUGUCCAGAGGGUACCUACCUUCGUAGCAUCGGCGUAGACAGCGCGGUCGAUUAUGUGAUCUCGCGGUGCAACAAUCUUCCGAUUGAUCCAUCAGAUGAAAGCACCCACCUUCGACGAGUCUUGCUCGAGCUCUGUCCUCUGAGUCAUCAAUACCGUAGAGAGGUAGUCGCCGCGCUUUCACAGUCACUUAAAGCACGGUUUACAAAAUGGGGCAGCAUUGAUGAUGUAGAUGAGCACAUACAACUUCUUCGUGAAACUGUUUCUCUGUGCCCCAAGGGACAUUCUGACCGUGGUACCUUUCUGAAUAACUUGGCCUUCUCACUCAAAUCCCGCUUUGAUCACCAAGGCAAAUCUCAUGACCUCAACGAGGUCAUCUCCGUGCACGAAGAAGCGCUGUGGCUGCGCCCUGUUGGGGAUGAAUCUCGUUUUUUCUCAUUGGCCAACCUAGGGGGCGCCCUCUGCAUCCGUUUUAAUGAACGCAGUGAUGUUGUUGACAUCAACCGAGCGGCCAGCCUCUAUCGCGAGGCACUAACGUUGUGCCCACCUGGGCAUCCAUAUCACGACACCAUCCUUAACAACCUUGCCAACGUGCUCACAACAAGAUAUGAUACAUUACCUGUCAUCGAAGAUCUCAACGAGGCCAUUGAUCUAUAUCGUGAAUCCCUUCGAUUAACACGGCUUGAUGGUUCAGAGUCCCAUAUAAAUCUGUUCAAUUUGAGCUCGGUGCUCUGCUCUCGUUUCUUGCGAACCGGGAAGAAUGAAAACGUCGAGGAGGCCAUUCGUCUCUGCCAAGAAUCGUUGGAGGCUUUACCUUCACUGCACCCGGACCGUUUUUUCAGCUACUUACACCUGAAGGAUGCCUAUGGGUCUCGUUAUGAGAUGGAGCGCGACCCCGCCGAUUUGUCGCUUGUUGUAGAGAACUUCAGACUCGCAUCACGACACCCAACUCAAGGGUUCCCACAACGUAUCCUUCAGGCAUGUCACUGGACUGUUGUAGCCGAGCAACUUGGUGAUGGUUCCGCGCUGGAGGCUUACCCAACGUUUUUUGAGCUUAUGGAUGCUCAUUUGGCAACACGAUCAUCAACCACUUCGCGGCAUGAAGCUGCUGCUGCUUUCCAUUUUGCUAGAUCACUACCUGUAGAUGCAGCAUCAUGUGCCAUACGUUAUGACAGCCUACGACACGCUGUCGAACUUGUGGAGCAGGGCCGUGGCCAACAGUGGUCAUUGGCCUCUCGACUCAAGACUCCAGUUGAAGACCUCGAAUCGGGACAUCCGCAUCUAGCGCAAGAAUUUUCAGAGUCGAGCAAACGUGUUUCCAACGCCGCUCAAGGUUCUGCAACCAUCGUGGACAGAGCUGCAGCCGAAGUAGCAGAAACACAGUACAGGAGAAUUACAGCACAAUGGGAUGCCGUAGUAGGUGAGAUACGCAAUGUUCAAGGUUUCUCGCGGUUCCUCCUCCCACCUUCAUACGAAGACUUGCAAGUGGCAGCACGCCAUGGCCCGGUUAUCAUCCUCAUUGCUAGCAAAUACUCGUGCAGCGCUAUUGUUGUCCCGACGUCAGGAGAGCCCCGUCACGUUCGCUUCCCGCGCAUCACGCUCACAGAUCUGGAGAAGCUCAAGGAUGACUUCGCUACAGCAAUCCGACACGCGGCUCGUAUGCACCCAGCGGAACCGAGGAAGAAGCUGCGAGUACGCUUGCGGAUAUUAUGGGACGAGAUCAUGCUACCCAUCGUUAACGUCCUCCAGCAUGACCUAAAAUUGCAGCACCGGUCUCGAAUAUGGCUGUGUCCAACGGCAGCCUUCACGUCCAUCCCUCUCCAUGCAGCUAAUCCCUUCCGAACGAAUGCAGAUCGCUCUGGAGGCGAGCCAUGCCUGGAGGAUCUCUACAUCUGCUCUUAUACACCCACACUUUCAGCUCUUAUUAGAGCUCGGCAGGCGAUGAAGACAUGUGUGACUCCGUCCUUCGCGGCGAUCGGACAAAGUGAACCAGGCGCAGGGCAAGGCGACGUGCUCCCGGCUGUCGACAGCGAGCUUGAGCUUGUCCAUACACUCAUCCCUCCCAACAUCAAAUUCACUAAUAUUUCGAAAGACGAAGCCACACAAGCAGGUGCGCUUAACGCUUUGCAGUGCAACACCUGGGUGCACCUCGCUUGUCACGGCAAGCAAGACCUUGAGCAGCCUUAUAACUCAUGUUUUUCCAUGAGAGACAAACCCGUUACGCUGCUCGACAUCAUGGAGAACAAUUCUCCGCAAGCUGAAUUCGCAUUCUUGUCAGCGUGUCAUACCGCCGUCGGCGAUGAGGAGACACCUGACGAAGCCAUCCACCUCGCAGCUGGACUCCAGUUUUCGGGGUUCAAGAGUGUCGUUGGCACGCUGUGGGGGGUCAAUGACGCUCUCGCCAAACACGUCGUGGAAGCUUUCUAUGAGAAGAUGUUCGAGGAUUCGGAGGACGGUGUCUUGGACUGUACGAAGGCAGCCUGGGCACUCAACCGUGCUACAAACGCCGUGAUGACGAAAGUGCCGCUCGAGCAGAGGAUGGUGUUUAUUCAUAUCGGUGUGUAGUUGUAUUGCUUUCGUCUGGCUCAGAAUUACGAGUCGUUGAUCAUGAAUUCUCUACCGUAUCUGUGUACAUGAAGUUAUUUCCCUGAUACUUUCGCGGUGUAGUCACAUCUCGAUUUCGCAUCUACCUCUCUCUCACGCUUUAGCAGAGUUAUUCAAUCGAGUCUCAAUGUAAAUUGUGCGGC